AUGUCUCUGACAAACGCAUCGCCCGCCGACUGCGCCCAAUCGGCCAAGUUGGCCUCCCACGUUCUGGCGACCCUCCCCACAUCAGCCCGCAACGACGCUCUCACAGCCAUCCACGAUGCUCUUGCUGCCUCCAAAGAAGACAUUCUGAAGGCCAAUGCCGAAGACGUAGAGCUCGCCCGGAAGGCAGCCGCCGAUGGCACCUUGAGCCAGAGUCUCGUGUCCCGGUUGGAUCUCGGCCGCAAGGGCAAGUUUGAGGACAUGCUCAAGGGCAUCCUCGAUGUGCGUGACCUCGAAGACCCCAUCGGCCGUCUCACUCUGCGCACCCGCCUCGACGACGGCCUGACCCUCGACCGCGUCACCUGCCCCAUUGGCGUCCUUCUCAUCAUUUUUGAGGCCCGGCCCGAGGUCAUUGCCAACAUUGCCUCCCUCGCCAUCAAGUCCGGCAACGCCGCCAUCCUCAAGGGCGGCAAGGAGUCGACGCGGUCCUUCGUCGCCGUGGCCACCGUCAUCGCCAAGGCCCUCGACGGCACCCGUGUGCCCAACCAGGCCGUCCAGCUCGUCACGACGCGCGACGUCAUCCCCGAGCUCCUGGCCCUCGACCACCUCAUCGACCUCGUCAUCCCCCGCGGCUCCAACGAGCUCGUCCGCACCAUCAAGAACACCACGCGCAUCCCCGUCCUCGGCCACGCCGACGGGCCUCUGCGCCACCUAUCUCGCCGCCGACGCCGACCCCACGCUCGCCGCCAACGUCCUCGUCGACUCCAAGACGAGCUACCCCGCCGCCUGCAACGCCUCGAGACGCUGCUUGUGCAAGAAUCCGCCCUGCAGCAGCCCGACGGGCCCUUUGCCGCCGCCGCCCGCGCCCUGCUCGCGGCCGGCGUCACCCUGCACCUCGACGCCGCCUCCCAGGCCGCCGUCCGCGCCCUCGCCGCCGCCGACGACGCAGACGCCGUCCCCGCGGCCCAGCUCGUCGACGUCCAGCCCGACGACUACCGCACCGAGUUCCUCUCCCUCGACCUCGCCGUCAAGACGGUGCCCGACCAGGACGCCGCUGUCGCCCAUAUCCACGCCCACUCGUCCAAGCACACGGACCUCAUCCUGACCGCCGACGCCGACGCCGCCGAGCGCUUCAUGGCCGCCGUCGACUCGGCCGGCUGCUACUGGAACGCGUCGACGCGCAUGGCCGACGGCAUGCGCUACGGUUUCGGCACCGAGGUCGGCAUCAGCACCAACAAGAUCCACGCCCGCGGGCCCGUCGGCCUCGAGGGCCUCAUGAUCUACAAGUACAAGCUGCGCGGGCCAGGGCCAGGUCUCCCUGGCCUACGGCGAGGGCGACGGCAAGAAGCCGUUCAAGCAUGA